AUGGAGUACUUCAAAGACUGCCGUGUUGUCUUGAAAACAGAGAGAAGGAAAUGUGUCACUGUUAAAGUUGACAUUGAGUUGAGAAUGGUGCUGCUUCAGGUCUUGCUUCUGGCUUUAUUUUCCAAAAGUGAAUGCCUGGCACACAUCCUCAAAUGCAGCAACUGGGAGCCGCCUAUCCCACUGCAGGCCUAUCAGUCAGGAGACAUCCUCAUCGGCAGCAUCACUUUUCAUGGUUUAAUCAUUUCCAGUGCACUAACCUUCACUGAAGAACCCCCACCAGACUCACUCAAAGAAUUCAUAUGGCUUCCAUAUAUACCAGAACUGGAGAACAGGACAAGCAAAUUCAAAGGCAAAGUCUGGCUCCAUCACUUUCUCAGAGGGGUCUCAUUUAAUAACAGUCCUCACAACAUGAUUUCCUUCAAUGAGAAAGGGGAGAUGGUACCAGGUUUUGAUGUUAUCAAUUGGAAGUUUUUUGCCAAUGAAUCCUUUCUCCGUGUGAAAGUUGGAAGGAUCAAUCUUCAGGCUUCUACAGGCCAAACUGUCACCAUGAAUGAGGAGGCCAUCAUGUGGCACCACCAGUUUAACCAGCCAGGAGACCUCAUGAUUGGUAGCAUUGUGACUCAUGGCAGCAUCGUCCACCAUUCUGAACUGCGCUUCACUGAAGAUCCCCCGCCAGCACUGUUGGAGGAUCUUGUUGUACUGUCUAAGAACUACCAGCAUAUCCUGGCCUUGGUGUUUGGCACAAAGGAGAUAAAUGAGAACCUGCAGAUAUUACCCAAUUUCACUCUGGGUUUCAACAUUUAUGACAGCUAUACAAAUGCAGAUAGGACCUAUCAUGCCACAAUGCUACUUUUAUCUGCACAGGAGAGAUUGGUCCCGAACUAUGUGUGUGACAUGCAGAGCAACCCUGUAGCAGUCAUCGGGGGACUUGACUCCCAAAUCUCCCUCCAUGUGGCAACACUCUUGGAUAUUUAUAAGACUCCACAGAUGGUCCCCCAGGAAGCCCUUCAAUAUAGGGGGAUUCUCUCACUAUUUCUGCACUUUCGGUGGACGUGGAUUGGGAUGCUCAUUAUGGAUGAUGAGAAUGGAGAAAAAAUUGUGCAAACUCUGGUUCCAGAGUUUUCCCAGAAUCAUGUCUGUUUUGCCUUCAUAGAAAAACUUCCCACACUCAAAUUUAUCACUGAUUUUUCUGGUAUGUUCCAACAUGGAGAAAACUUGUGUAAUCAAAUCAUGAGCAGCAACGCUAAUGCAUUGGUCGUUUAUGGAGAUUCUUACUCCCUGGCCCUUUUGAGAUGGUUGCCAUAUCUUUCAAGCAUGAAAAAUGUGUCAGCUGAACCAAGAGGUAUAGUAUGGAUAAUGGCAGCCCAGGUGGAGUUUUCAUCAUUCGUCUAUCAACGGAACUGGGAUGCAAGCAUAUUUGAUGGUGCUCUGUCCUUAACAAUUCACUCCAGUGAUCUACCCAGAUUCAAAGCAUUUCUUCAGGGCAGAAACCCUUCCAGUAUUGAAGCUGAUGGAUAUAUCAGGGAUUUCUGGCAACAAGCCUUUGGGUGUACAUUCACAGAUCAGGUUACAGGAACAUUGGAGGAGACUCCUUGUACAGGAGAUGAGAAGCUGGAGAGCCUUCCAAGGUCCUUCUUUGAAAUGAGCAUGACUGGGCACAGCUACAGUGUUUACAAUGCUGUUUAUGCUGUGGUCCAUGCUUUGAAUGCCAUGUCCUCAUCUCAUCUGAAGCAGAGAACAAGAACAAGUAGAAGAGAAUUUCAGAAUCAAGAUUCCUGGCAGCUCCAUCACUUUCUGAGAAGUAUCUCUUUUAAUAACAGCGCUGGAGAUGAGGUCUCCUUUGACCAGAAUGGGUGUUUAAAAGCUGGAUUUGAUGUGCUCAAUUGGGUUCUUUCCUCCAACCAAACUUUCCACCAUGUGAGAGUUGGAAGGGUGCACCCACAGGAUCCAGAGCAGGCAUUAAUGAUCCAUAACGAGGCUAUAACAUGGCACCACUGGUUUAACCAGGUCCAGCCUCUUUCUGUGUGUACUGCGAGUUGCCAUCCAGGUACAAGCAAGCAAGUGAAGGAAGGAGAGCCAUUCUGUUGUUACAAUUGCAUUCCAUGCCCAGAAGGGAAGAUUGCAGAGCUUGAAGACAUGGAUGACUGUCAGAAAUGUGAGGACAGAAGCUAUCCAAAGAAGGACCAGGAUUACUGCAUUCCCAAGACAGUAACCUUCUUGUCUUAUGAAGAACCUCUGGGUCUCAGUUUAGACUUCUUUGGUAUUUUCUCUUCUUUGAUCACAGCUCUGGUCUUAGGGAUAUUUGUGAAGCACCACAACACUCCCAUAGUCAUUGCUAACAACCGGAACCUCACCUAUGCUCUCCUCAUCUCCCUCCUGCUCUGCUUCCUUUGUGUGUUCCUAUUCAUUGGCCAGCCAAAGAAGGUGACGUGUCUCCUCCGGCAGACCACUUUUGGCAUCAUCUUCUCUGUGGCAGUCUCUUGUAUAUUGGCAAAAACCAUGACAGUAGUUCUGGCUUUCAUGGCCACCAAACCAGGGUCCACGAUGCAGAAGUGGAUGGGGAAAAAGCUGGGCAGCUCCAUUGUUUUUUCCUGCUCCCUUCUUCAAACAGGCAUCUGUACUGUGUGGCUGGCCACAAAUCCUUCCUACCCAGAUGUCAAUGUUCAUUCAGUACCUGAGGAAAUAGUCCUGGAAUGUAACGAGGGCUCUGUGACUAUGUUCUACUGUGUCCUGGGCUAUCUGGGCUUCCUGGCAAUGGUCAGCUUUAUGGUGGCUUUCUUUGCCAGGAAGCUCCCGAACAGCUUCAAUGAAGCCAAAUUCAUCACGUUCAGCAUGUUAGUCUUUUGCAGUGUUUGGCUAUCCUUUGUUCCAACCUAUCUAAGCACCAAAGGAAAACACAUGGUAGCUGUGGAAAUCUUCUCUAUAUUGGCCUCCAGCGCUGGAUUGCUGGGUUGCAUCUUUUCCCCAAAAUGUUACAUUAUUUUAAUAAGACCUGAGUUCAACAGCAGGGAACAGCUUAUCAGAAGGAAAGACUGA